AUGGCCGACAUGUUCAAGCUGUCGGCGUCUCUGAGAGGGCACGAAGACGACGUCCGCGCCGUCGUGUCUCCUUCGGCUCGCUGUAUCUUCUCGGCCUCGCGUGACGGCACCGUCCGACAGUGGCUCCUCACCUCGCCCAACCCGCCCACCUACGACGACACGAUUGCCGUUCAAGCUACCUCGUUUGUCAACUCGCUGACCUUCGCCGCUCCCUCUUCCACACACUCCGAAGGUCUCUUGAUCUCUGCUGGAAAGGAUACUAUCAUCGAUGUCCGUCCUCCCUUCCAGAGUCCAGACACAGACCCUGAACGCUUGCUCAUUGGCCACGCCAACAAUGUCUGCUCUCUCGACGCCUCUGCCGAUGGCGAUACUCUGGUCAGUGGUGGAUGGGAUACACAAGCAAGAGUUUGGAGCAUCUCCAAGGGCGAGUGCACCGCUGAGCUGAAGGGACACGAUGCUGCUGUUUGGGCCGUCCUGGUCUACGACGACAAGACUGUUAUCACAGGUUGCGCUGACAAGACUAUUCGAAUCUUCUCUCUUGGCGGCAAACUUCUUCAGACAAUUCCUGGCCUGCCCGAUGUUGUGCGGGCCCUCUGCAAAUUGCCCGCCGGCCAUCCUUCUGGUGCAGCCUUCGCUUCUGCAGGAAACGACCAAGUGAUCAGACUCUGGACCAUCGACGGUAUUGAAGUCGCGCAACUCCACGGUCACACUUCCUUCAUCUAUGCCCUCGCCGUCCUCCACAAUGGCGAUCUAGUCAGCUCUGGUGAAGAUAGGACUGUGAGAGUGUGGAAGGGUACCGAAUGCAUUCAGACCAUCACACAUCCUGCAAUUUCGGUUUGGGCGGUCUCCGUAUGCCCUGAGACCAAUGAUAUCGUUACUGGCGCCAGUGACAAGAUCAUUCGAGUCUUCAGCAGAGACCCCAGCCGCCACGCAGAUGCUGAGGCUCUACACGCAUUUGACGAGAGUGUCAGCUCAUCUUCAAUACCUCAGCAGACAGCUUCAGAGGGGCAGCAGAUCAAUAAGGAACAACUUCCUGGUCCAGAAUUCUUGCAGCAAAAGUCGGGUACCAAAGAAGGUCAAGUCCAGAUGAUCAGGGAAGAAGAUGGCAGUGUGACAGCUCAUACCUGGUCAUCUGCGGCUCAACAAUGGAUUAACGGAAAAGACUACGAUUUCGUCUUCGAUGUCGAUAUCACGGAUGGCGCCCCUCCGUUGAAGCUACCAUACAACAUUGGUCAGAACCCAUACGAUGUGGCAAGCAAAUUCAUUGCCAACAAUGAGCUGCCCAUGACCUACCUUGACCAAGUCGCCAACUUCAUUACCACCAAUACUCAAGGAGCAACCCUAGGCUCGUCUUCGCAACAGCAGACUCAGACACCCGGAGCUGAUCCUUGGGGCAGCGAGAAUCGUUAUCGUCCAGGCGAGGCUGGUGCUCCCGAGCCAUCAGGAGACACACGCCCACGAUCUCUGCCCCAAACUCAGUACCUUUCGAUCACCACAGCUAACUUAUCUGCGAUCCGCAAGAAGGUCGGUGAACUCAAUGAUACCAUGUCAGCCGACCUUGCGCUUUCGUCAGAUGAAUUGAAAGCUUUGGACAACCUGAUCAAACAACUACAGACCAACCCCAAGGAUCCCAAGCCUCAAGCAGAUCAAAUUGCUGCAGUCCUCAAAGUCGCUACACAAUGGCCAUCAGCAAAUCGCCUACCUGGCAUUGAUCUUCUCAGAUUGUCUGCUAUCACGCCAACUUUCGUGAUGCACACAAGUGGCGGAGAGGGCACUAUCGUGGACACCCUCACCAAGAGUGGCGUCUUUGAAGCAAACACCGAUAAGCCCAACAAUACUAUGCUGGCUGUUCGUGUUCUUGCAAACCUCUUCAUGACUGAAGAAGGCAGACUGGUCGCUGACGGCUGCUUCGAGGAUAUCAUCUCGUCUACUCAGUCGUUCUCCAGUACUUCUAACAAAAACCUGGCUACGGCAAUGGCGACUUUGUACAUCAACUAUGCAGUGUUGUUGACAUCUAAUGCCCCUUCUUCAGAGUCCAGAACUAGGGAGCAGCGGGCAGCAGCUGUCGUCAAUGCGGCUUUGAACAUAGUAAAGUCGGAUGGUGACAGCGAAGCAGUGUACAGAGCUCUUGUCGCAGUCGGCACAUUGAUGUCGCUGGGCGAUGAGUUCAGAAAAGAAGUUGCCCAAGCAAAGGACAUGGGUAGUAUUUUGCAGAGCAUUGAGAAGAGUGCGUUGGGUAAGGAGAACAGAAUCAAGGCUGUCACCAACGAGAUGAAGGAUCAGUUGAGGUGA